AGGAAAAACGAAAAAUAGAAGCCUCUCAAUAUAAUUUAUAAUUUAGCGUAAUGCUACGUUUUUGUAAAAUAUUUCAUUUUAUUUUAGUAAUGAGUUGAAAAGGCUAUAGAUAAAAAUUAUGAUUUAGUAUAGAGAGAACUCCACCAUAAGCCAUACUAGAUUUUGAGUGGUUUCUUUAAUAUAGUUCUUUUUUUAGGCUUGUUGUAAUUUACAUCACUACGACUAUCUGGUCAUUGACAGAAAUGAAAGCCUUCUCUUAUGUUAUAUUCAAUGACUCGUUCACGUUUCAAGUCUUAGUAACAACAGACCUUAAUUGAUUUCAGUAGCGCGUGGUUACUUCAUUUACUUUACAGAAUGUAUUAUAUGAUAUACUAUGAAUGUAUAUGUUAAUAUAUAAAAGCAUCUAUUAUUAGAAUAUUCUUUAUUUGAAUGUAGUACAACGUAUGUAAUUUAAAAAAUAAUUUUACAAUAUACUUAUAUGUAUUAAUAAGGUAUAAUUUUUAUCGUUCAUUACGAAAUCUCCAAACUGUUAAAAUAAUGGCAAGUGUCACGAAACCACCAUUACUUUUUGAAAUAUUUUAUGAAUGUCAAACUACAAAAGCUAGAACUGGAAAAAUGUCUCUUAUUCAUUAUCCCGUGGAUACUCCAAUGUUUAUGCCAGUGGGAACCCAAGGCACUAUGAAAGGAUUACUACCGCAACAAUUAGAAAAAUUAGACUGUCAAAUUAUUUUGGGAAAUACAUAUCAUCUUGGAUCAAGACCUGGUAUCCAUGUUAUACAAAAAGCUGGAGGAUUACAUAAUUUUAUGAAUUGGAAAAGAGCAUUAUUAACAGAUUCCGGUGGUUUUCAGAUGGUAUCACUAUUAGAACUAGCAAAAAUUACAGAGGAAGGUGUUAAAUUUAAAUCACCGUAUGAUGCCUCUAUUUGUAUGCUAACACCUGAGCAUUCUAUGGAAAUACAAAAUAUAAUAGGUGCCGAUAUAAUGAUGCAACUUGAUGAUGUGGUUAAAACUACAUUAACGGGACCAAGAGUAGAAGAAGCAAUGCACAGAACAUCUAGAUGGUUAGAUAGAUGUUUAAAAGCUCAUCAGAAACCAACUGAACAAAGUAUAUUUCCAAUUGUACAAGGUGGACUUAAUCCUGAGCUUAGAUCAGAAAGUGCAAAACAAUUGACACAACGUAAGGUUAAUGGUUACGCUGUAGGUGGAUUAAGUGGAGGAGAAAGUAAAGAUGAUUUCUGGAGAAUGGUACACCUUUCUACCGAUCUACUUCCAAAAAAUAAACCACGUUAUUUAAUGGGUGUUGGAUUUGCCGUUGAUUUAGUAAUUUGUUCUGCAUUGGGAAUAGAUAUGUUCGAUUGUGUAUUUCCUACGAGAACAGCGAGAUUUGGUUGCGCGCUGAUACGUACAGGUCAAUUAAAUUUGAAACAAAUACAAUACCAAAAAGAUACAAGACCCAUAGACGAAGAAUGUAAUUGCAGUACGUGUAAAACAUAUACGCGCGCCUAUCUUCAUCAUAUUGUAACAGUAGAAACAGCUGCAUGCCAUUUAUUAUCUAUCCAUAACAUCGCAUUUCAAAUGAGAUUAAUGCAAGAUAUUAGACAAAGUAUCAAAAAUCAAAAAUUCCCAGAGUUUAUACAGCAAUUUAUGUUAAACUUAUAUCCUAACCAAGAAUAUCCAGCAUGGAUAAUCAAUGCUUUAAAAGCGGUUAAUGUUACAUUGUUAUGAAAGGAGACAAGUGCAUUUGUUAUUUUACAACUUUCCUAUAAAUACCAAAUAAAGUUAUAAAACUUAUAUUAAAUAAUAAAUAAACGCAAUUCCUUUCCAACUAGUGGUGAACCAUUAAAGUUGAACUAUCAGUACCUAUUUAAGUAAUCUAGCAUCAGAAUUUCACACAUUAACAAAGAAACUUUACUUUCCCUUGUGAAAGUUAAAGUUACUUCUUAAUAUGUGAAACCUAUCCAAAGGGUUAAUGUUACAGAUUUAAUUUUUAACCAUUUAUAAACAGUAAAAUAAGUCUUAUAAAACCUUAAUACAUUCUACAAUAAUAUAGCUAUCAAUAGUAAUAGUACAUAAAUAAUUUACACUUAUGCAGUAUCUUACUGUUCAUAAAUAAAACUAUCCACUGCUAAAAUGUCUAAUAAUUUCUUUUCAAGCAAUAUCAACAUUCAAUUUUUAAUUUACUCGCGUUUUUCGUGUAAAACAUACAUUUCUAUUGUCCAGGACUGUAGUAAGUUAGGCACAGAGCAUUAAUGAUGUAAAAAUAUUAUCACAUGAAGUCAUCUGAAUCAUACCCACUGUUUUCGGUAUUAGAUAUCAUAUUAGAUGUAUUAAAUAAAGAAUU